AAAGAGUCAGUUCUGGGUUGGUCACCAUGGGUGAUGUCACGGGACCAGUUUUCCUGUGGCUGCAAGUUGUGUUGGAGGUAACUCUCCACAGAGCCCGUCGUACUUUACUGCAGGCUGCCAUCCUCUUCUGCGUUUUAGCGCUGCUGGUCUGGGUGGCCGUCUUCCUCUAUGGUAGCUUCUACUACUCCUAUAUGCCCACCGUCAGCUUCUCUACACCAGUGCACUACCACUACAGUUCCGACUGUGAUGCUCCCAAUUCCGUCCUCUGCUCUUUCCCUGUGGCAAACAUCUCACUGCUGAAGAAUGGCAAAGACCAGGUUAUGAUCUAUGGUCAGCCAUAUCGAAUCUCUUUAGAGCUGGAAAUGCCUGAGUCGCUUGUCAACAAACAGCUUGGCAUGUUCAUGAUUAAGAUGUCUUGCUACACCAAUGAUGGCCAGACAGUUGCAGCUGUGGUGCGCUCUGCUAUGCUGCACUACCGCUCUGGUCUUCUGCAGACCUUGAAUACGCUACUGUUCUCUCCUCUCCUGCUGACUGGGAUGACGGAGCAGAAGCAGCUCGUUGAGGUUGAGCUCUUCUCGGACUACAAAGCCAAUUCUUAUCAACCCACUGUUGGCGCUGUCAUUGAGAUUCAGUCUCAGCGGGUGCAGGUCUAUUCAGUUCAGCUCAGGAUCCAAGCUUUCUUCACUGGCAUCAGAUACCUCCUGUACUAUUUCCCGGUGACGUCUGCAGUGAUCGGUGUGGCCAGCAACUUUGCCUUCCUCAGUGUCAUUGUGCUCUUUGGAUACCUACAGUUUAUAUGGGGGGGACUUUGGCCUCCCGAGCAGGUCAGGGUUAUGAUGGGAGACACGACUCACAUGCAGUGGAGAAGAGAAGAGGCUCGGAAGCGCAUGUCCUUCUCACAAAAGUCGUCAGAUGAGCCCCCAGUGCUCGUGGAGGCUCUUCAAAUUUACGAGACCGAUGCAAGUGAAGAGGAGCCUGCUGGUCUGCAGGAUAGAGGUGCAGUGGUGGGACCCAAGGUGCCUCAGAUAGGGGACUCUAUGCUGCGUCAGAGACGGGGACCCUGGAUGAGUCUAUGAACCAUGGAUCAUCGCUCACAUUUUUACACACUCACAAAUCCCUCGACGUGCCUUUCCCUUUCACGCAGCCACAGAGGCAUCCACUGAGAGUGAAUUCCCUACAGACAGCGACUCCAGAUACUGUAGUAUCUUGGAUCUACAUCUGUUUAUAUUAGUUACUGUGCUGUUACUAAGCAGUAAUGCAUUACGGCAGUGUUACGUUACUAACCUAAUUGGAAAUGCACAUGCGCACUGGGGUGCCGGGAACUGUAGAGCACGAGGGGUUUUGACUAAACGAAAACUAACUGUACUCCCGUCUCCUGCCUGGUCAUUUCUCCACAACACAAAUAUUACAGUGGCGACGAGGUGAUUAAACUACAUAAACAGACAUUGCUUGAAGGGAAGAAUGUUGCGUGAGUAAUGAAACUCAAAAUAAUUAUGUAAUUCGUCAGUUAUUUUUUAUUUUCUUUCGCCAGUAGAGAAGGCUAAGCACUGCUAGCACUGCUAGUACAGUAUUCAGGAGAUGCCAAGUAGCAAGACUAUUGGAGUCCAGAAUAGCGACACUGCCCUCUGGUGGUUAAGUAAAAAACUGUCUCAAUGAACCCAUUGAAAUUAGGCGAUCUCAGUGGAGAAAGGAACGUAACACGGUGUGUACAAAUGAGUGCAGUGAAUGAAGUAAUUGCAGAAACUUCUGAAGUGAAGAAUUAGAUGAAAAUUCAGAAAAUUAAGGAAUAUAAGGAAACUGAACAAUUAACUGUGAAAAUGGCAACCAUUGGUCGAGUACCAGAGUUUGAGGCUACAAAAGAAGAUUUUGAUUCCUAUUUGGAGCGUUUUGAGCGUUGGCUGGCUGCAAAUGACAUCUAAGAUGGAAAGAAAGCAGACGUAUUUCUCAGUGUUUUGGGUCCAAAUGAGUAUGGAUUGCUGAAAGGUCUCAUUGAACCAAUGAAAGCAGUGAUGCAGAACUGACUGAAACUCUUUCAAGGUAUUUCAAGCCUAAGCCAAUUCUCAUUGCAGAACGUUUCAGAUUUUACCAACGUCACCAGAGUCAAGGGGAAACCGUGGCUGACUACAUCCUUGCUUUGAAAAGGCUGGCAAGUACAUGUGAGUUUGCACGAUUUGUUAAUGAUGCUCUCCGAGACAAGUUUGUAUGUGGUCUCACAGGUGAAGCAUAUCACAGAAGGCUCCUGUCAGAGAAGGACCUGACCUUUAAGAAAGCCUGUGAUAUAGCACUUGGACUCGAGCUUGUCCACAGGGAUACUAUUGAGCUAUCGGGACAUGCAGAACGUCAGAAAGGUGUUCACAAGGUCAGUGAUGCACGUGGUGAAAAAAGCUCACAAAAGUCACUUUUUUCAGUCCCGUCCUCAAGGUUACACAAGAACAAAGCAGCCCACAUCUCAAAGGUUUAAGCCAAGUUGCUACAGAUGUGGGGGAGAUAAUCAUCAUCACGGUGAAUGUCGAUUCCAAAAUGAAAAGUGCCACAAUUGUGGAAAGGUUGGACAUUUACAGAGAGUGUGUAAAGCCUCGAAACGCACAGCAAGAGCGCACAAAGUGUCAGACGCAGCUCAAGAAGAGGAAGAUACAACUAAAACAGUAUUGGAACUGUUCACAGUGUACACAGCUCAACAACUAAAAGAUGGAAUCUAUCUCAACAUGGAGUUAGAGGGAAAACCAGUAAAAAUGCAGCUGGACACCGGAGCGUCUGUAUCUCUGGUUCCAGAGAGACUCUACAAAGAAAAACUGAAAGAGUGCCCUCUUCAGCCCGCGUCCAUCCGCCUUUCUUCAUACACUGGUGACACUAUUCCUGUGUUAGGGCAGAUCCAGGUACCAGUCCGGAUGGAAGGAGUGGACGCUACCGCUUGUCAUUGUUAAAGGAGAAAAAUCAGCCUUGCUAGGCAGAAACUGGCUACAAAAGAUCAAGUUGAACUGGGGAGAAAUCUUCAGUCUAAGAAAUGACAAACCAGGGAGUCAGGCUACACUCACUAACAUGCUGGAGACACACAAAUAACUUUUCAAAGAUGGCUACGGUGAAAUAAGACUUCACAGCAAAAGUCAAAGUGCAAGAAGGAACCAAGCAUAUCUUUCACAAAACACGUCCGGUUCCCUAUGCUCUUAAGGAAGCAGUAGAGAAGGAACUGGACCGCCUACAGAAGAAUAACAUAAUCACGAAAGUAGCGAGGAGCGACUGGGCCGCUCCGAUUUGUUGUAAGUCCCAAAGAAAGACAAGACCGUCAAAAUGUGCGGUGACUACAAGGUCACAGUAAAUCGCUGCAUACUACCAGAGAAAUAUCCUCUACCAACCGCUGAAGAUCUGUUUGCCACUCUAGCUGGUGGGAAGGUUUUCAGUAAGCUGGACCUGGCAUUCGCUUAUCAGCAACUGAAGCUGGAUCCGGAGUCAGAACAGUAUCUGACCCUCAAUACACACAAGGGGCUAUUCAGAUUCAAUCACUUGGCCUAUGGAAUCUCGACAGCUCCAGCGAUAUUCCAACAAACAAUGGAUCAGAUCUUGGACGGUAUAGACCAUGUUGUGUGCUUCAUGGACGACAUCCUCGUGUCAGCACCAACCAUCGGAGAGCACCUUGUAGUGCUGGACAAAGUGAUGUCAAGACUGGAGAAAUACGGAGUGAGAAUGAAACGCAGCGAGUGUGUGUUCCUCCAGGACUCAGUGGAGUAUCUCGGAUACAAGAUUGAUGCACAAGGCCUGCACCCAACCAACAGCAAGGUGGAAGCAAUCGUAAACGCACCAGCACCCACAAAUAUCUCAGAGCUGAGGUCAUUUUUGGGGCUCCUGAACUAUUACAAAAAGUUUGUGGCAAACUUGUCCACAUUGUUGCAUCCGCUUCACCAACUGCUGCAGGCCGAUACAAAGUGGAAUUGGUCCCCACAAUGCGAAGAAGCAUUCAAGACUUGCAAACAGCGUCUGCUAAAGAGCAAGUGGCUUGCCCACUAUAACACAGAGAUGAAGCUGAGACUCGCGUGUGAUGCAUCUCCAUACGGAGUAGGAGCCGUCAUCUCACAUGUUCUACCGUCAGGUGAAGAACACCCUAUUGCAUUUGCAUCACGGACUCUGUCACCAAGUGAGAAACAUGAUGCUCAAAUUGAGAAGAAAGCUCAUGACAGACACUCAAAGAAUGUCAGAGAAUUCAAAGAGGAAGAGAGGUGUGAUGGUACGUGAUUUCAGACACCCUAAGCGCCUGUGGAACUCAGGUGUGAUCUUGCAACGCAGAGGACCUUUGACUUACCAAGCCCAAACUGGUCAUCGCCAGGUCAACAUUCAUGUGGAUCAUCUGCUACGGUCCAAUGCCCCAGCAGAGACAUGCCGAGAGAACAAGAACAAUAACGACCCCCAGGACUAUUCUCCUGACUGUGGACGUACAGGAGAGACAGAGCCUGACCUUCCACCCGAACCUGGCCCACCACAGGAAGCCCAGGAGGAGCGGAGAUACCUAUUCGACAGCGAAGGGCACCUCAACAGCUUGACCUGUGAGUUGAGCUGGUUAAGGAGGUAACAAACAGUAAAACAAACACUUUAAUAUGUCCUAGAUAAAAGGAAAGACAAAGGACAUUAGCUGGGUUAGUUAUUAGGACACAAACUCCAUCUUCGGGGCAGAAUAAUCCCCUGGAUUUGUGCUGGGCUCUGAAAAGUCUGCUUCAACACAGUAGUUGAAAAAUGUUUAAGAAUGCAUUGUUCAGAUAUUGCAUUAGUAGUUACCUAACAUAUUUACCUUGUUCUCUGGGAGUUAAACACUAUGGGGGAGGAGUGUAGUAUCUGGGAUCUACAUCUGUUUAUAUUAGUUACUGUGCUGUUACUAAGCAGUAAUGCAUUAUGGCAGUGUUACGUUACUACACCUAAUAGGAAAUGCACAUGCGCACUGGGGUGCAGGGAACUGAAGAGCACGAGGGGUUUUGACUAAACGAAAACUUAACUGUA